GGCGCCCAUCAACAUCGGCCAUCGACCCCGCCAGGCUUUGGCGAUGGCGAAUCAGCCUCUUCCCCCACACGAAGAUACAACAACGGUGCUCGAUUGAGAAUUUUCUCCUGCGAAUGGUAGUUGGUGAAUCGACUGCGGCAACCUCUUCCACCUGCUGGAGAUCGAGCGCGCCACCGUUGUGUGCUAGUGUGGAGAAGAGGUCGUGCAGAAACCCUCCUGUCCGCCGAACCUGCUCAUGCCGCCAUCGAUGACAAAGGUGCCGGAUUUGACGGGCGAUUGGAGGAAGACGGAAUGUGCUGUCAAAGAGAACUUUAGGAGUCUGUAGGUUUUAAUUAAUUUGGAUAAUUAAAUCGAAAUUAUGAGUUCAUGAGGGAAAAUUGGGUCAUUUUAUAACUCAUUAAAUGAUCAUUUAACAGAAAAUUAGACGGAAGGGUAUAUUCGUUAUGUUUUAAUACUAGAAGGACAUGUUCACGCAAAAAAAUUAAUACAGGGUUACAUUUGUUAAUUUGUAAUUGUAAAGGAUAUAAAAUGUUAUUAACCAUUUAAAAAAAUUGUGCACUAUUAUUAUUAUUAUUAGUAGUAACACAGCCACCUCUGGAAUUAGUUAAGAGACAGAUGAAAGGCAACAAAGAGGCCUCCUUCCUAUUGAUUGGGUUCUCCUCCCUCGGCCUCCGGCUCGUGACCGUCCUUUCCCAAUACCAAAAAAGGCCGAUUCCGUUUUCCAGAUUUUGGAAUUACACAGCCACGAAACGUUUUCUUCUUUCUCACUCCAAAAACCUAAACCCGUUGAUGAAGCAACCUAAGACUUAAACCCCCCAUAUGUGCAAAGAUCAACAACUGGAGUUUGGGGGUUUGUGAAGACUAAUCUAGUCUCUUAGUGUUUGGAAUUAUACUUAAUUAAUUUACCCCUCCUCCAACAUUGGAAGUUCCCCAUCAAGACAACCGAGCACAAUAGAAAGUGGGUACAACAAAUUGUUAAUCGGCAUGGUACGGGUUAAGCCGGCUUGCUAAUUGUAAAAUGUGGAUGAUAAUAAUUAAAUUACCCUUGAUUUUCAUGUGGACUAGAGUGAAAAUAGAGCACCUUGAGAAAUAAGCUAAACCGGGUUUUCAACAAUUAAUGGACAACAACUUACUUUGGUGGGAUGUAAGAGCCUCAAAUUUUUUUAGCAUCAAUACUCACUGGUUCAAGUCAAAGUAGGGGUGAGCGGGAGGAGGUUUGAGUGGAGAACCAAUAUAAAGCCUGACAAGCAAGACCUGUCAAUCCGCGAGUUGAUCUGGUACCCGUUGAGGAAAAUGGGUGUUACACACAAGGUUUUCGUGUUGGAGGUCACAGGUCGUCGCUUUUCCCUUUUGUUUUGCGAAAUGCGCCCCCUUUUUCAAUUUUUUCUUUCGUCUAACCUGUCUUUUUGAAAAUAUAAGUUGAACAAUUGAAUAUUGAUGUAGUAAUUAUGAGUGUGUUUGAACUUUCACUUAUAUGUCAGAUCCAAGUACGAACUGUGAUUUUGUUGUAAUGUCACAUGUCAUUACCCAUAUGUUAGAUGCGAUUUUAUAGUAUAAAAUUUGUAAAUGUGUAUAUCCAGACUAAACCGAGCUAAAUCGAUCGAACUAUUGACUCUCAAUCCACUUGCUCGAUCGGACCAAUGGGCUAUAGCAUCAUUUAUGGCGGUAGCAGACAUAUUGCAUAUUUAUGAUACAAUAUAGGUUUCCUUAAGCUAUUCAAUGCAUAAUGUUUCCUUGUAUAUAUAUUGUUUGUCAGCAAAAUUAAGGUUUCCUUGUAUAUAUAUUGUUUGUCAGCAAAAUUAAGGGUAGCAUAAGUGCAUAACAGAUAUAUUGUGUGUUCUAUAGGAGCUUAGUUUAGUUAAGCAAUGUGGCUCAUUGUAAUGUCACACACUAGCAGCAAAAGUAAUGGGGAGGACUCAAUUGUGAAAGGACGAAAUAUAACAAAGGACUAGUUCAAAUUGACUUGCUCAAUAAGUUCGAUCAGUUAGAUUGAUAAAUGAGCUAAGCUCAAGAGAACUCAGCGAGGUGUGAACUAAAUGAGCCAAAUCCAAGUUGAGUUGACGAACUUAUUAAAGAGGCAAACCAUCAAAUCAUACAUAAGCCACUGUUUCAGUAAACGAAUCGCGAGCUCAACCGGUGUUUAGGAGUCUAACGGAUUAGCUUGUCUCAUUUGUAGAACAUCUUUUUUUCGAGGAAUUUUACAAUGCUAUAUAGCAUUGGUGCUAUAGGUUUUUACCUUUAUGGUACAACUUGAAAUUGUACCUUUAAUGUUAUGGUACAACUUCAGAUUGUACCUAUACUUUUUGUACAAGUUCUUUUAUGGUACAACUUAAACUUGUACCUUAUGUGAUGGUACAACUUCAAGUUGUAAAGUUGUACCAUAACAUAAUGAUACAAAUUUCUUUAUGGUACAACCUAAACUUGUACAUUUAAUGUUAUGGUACAACUUCAAAUUGUACAUUAAAGCACCAAUACCAUAUAGCAUAGUAGAAUUGCUCCUUUUUUUCGGUAUUUGAUUAAAUAGAGAAUUCAUGCGAACCCUGAACUACACAGGGAACCAAUCCUAAAUGCCAAAAAAAAAAAAAAAAACCUAAGUUUGAUUUAUCUUAAACUAGAACUAGGAUAAGGUGGUCGAGGAAGUGAAAACGAUGGGAAACCCUACUGGCAACAGAAAUAAUAUUUAACUUAUAGUUCACAGCUUAAGAUAAAAACAGCUCCAUCAACCCACUGUUACCAAUCAAGCCCCUGUCUUGUUCCCCCACCACUCUGCCUCAAAAGAGUUUUCUCCUCCACAGCAAACCCCUUUUUGUCCGAUGAUACUGCCAAAACAGAGCAUAAUCCUAGGAGGAGGGAGGAUGUGAACUGAACCCAGCCAGUUAAUUACACGCCCAGCUCCAAUUACCCAAGAAAAAAGUUUCACAUUCACCAUUGUCGUUUCCAAAGGUUGCCCACAAGAUUCAGUCACUUCCAAUGCCACAAACCUUCCCUCCCUGCUUCCUUCCUUUGAACCUUUGGACCAUUUCAUAAACUAAUCUUUUCCACUUUUUUUUUUCUAUGCCGGCACAAGGAGACCAAUUGCCUUGUAUAAAUACAAUACACCUUGACUCCAACACAACUCCAUACAAACCCAACAAACCCCUCUUCUCAUAGCAAUUUCUUUCCUGAAGAAAAAAAGAGAGAAAGACCGACCUUCUCACCUUUCAUUAUGGAAACGAAAUCCGGGUCUGAUAUCCAUCUACCGCCCGGGUUUCGAUUCUACCCGACCGACGAAGAACUCAUAGUACAGUACUUGAAGAACAGAAUCAGAUCGGCUCCUCUCCCGGCUUCCAUCAUUGCUGAGAUCGAUCUCUACAAGUUCGACCCGUGGGAGCUACCAAAGAAGGCUUUGUUCGGAGAGGACGAAUGGUACUUCUUCACACCGAGGGACAGGAAGUACCCAAAUGGAGCCCGGCCGAACAGGGCAGCAGGUUCGGGGUACUGGAAGGCUACCGGGACAGACAAACCCAUUCUCAGUUCAACUGCAAUGGCAAGUGUGGGUGUUAAGAAAGCUCUUGUGUUCUACAAAGGACGCCCACCUAAGGGAAUUAAAACUGACUGGAUCAUGUAUGAAUAUAGACUGCCUGAUACCGCGGUCUCCACCGCCAGGCAAAAAGGGUCUAUGAGGUUAGACGACUGGGUCCUAUGCCGGGUUAGGCAAAAGUGCAGUAGCCCUAGGAGCCUGUGGGAAGAUCGAAGUGCACCUAUUCAAGAACUAGCAGGGACUUUCCCGAAACAGAAUGAGCUGCUGCAAAUGAGUGCAGAUCUAUGCAAGACAAUGAAUAUGACAACUCCUAGUAUCGAAUUGGUCAACAAGCCAGGGAAUACAAACAACCAUAAUAAUGAUGACAUGGUGAGGAACUACUUCAGCAACCCUAAUGACGACGUGGUGAAGAAUUACCUGUACAAGGAGUGCCCCAUGCUGCCUUACAUAUUUGCAUCUCAAGAUUUUUCCUCCUGCACCACUAAACAACCAGCAGCAUCCAGCAUUAACUUUCAAGGCAGUGACAAGUCUAGCAUUUCGGGUUAUGAGGAGGAGUCUUCUGAGGAUAAGAACUUGCAAUUCUCAUCAGCUACUUCGCUCGAUAACUUCUUUAACCCACUGAAGCGGAAAGAUGUUGAAAGAGAUCAUCAGCAGCAGGAUUCUAGUUUUUACCUAGGCAAGAAGCCUAAAAAUGGAGAUUUUGACGAAGACGCCAUGAUAUCUAUAUGUGGAGACACCUUCGACAUCAACUUUUGCGGAGACGAUGAGUUUUAGAAUACUAAUGAUGGUGCUCUACAGCAAAACCCAUCAGGCAGAAUAUGAAUAGCUUCAUAACUUUAAGCUUCCCAAGCAACUAGACACCAGAGAAGGACCCACCAUACAAUGUAAUGUACAUAACUCCGUAGUAGGGUUCUUUGAGUGCAAAAGGAAAACUCCUUUAUGUUGAGAGUUGUUUCAGAAGAUCACUAGCAACUACUGCCCACAAAAAUCAGAUCAUUGAAUUUCUACAAAUUUGUAACAGCAGAAUUUUCUGGGGGAGAGCAACCGUAUCUCUAAUACUUUACAAUCAAACAGAUAUGGCGAAUAUCCAAAACGAAAUAAAAUAUGCGGUUGAUCUUAUCAGGCAUGCGGAUAGUGCAUUUCCCAGGAUCAAUUCCAACAGCAUUCCUUACAGCCCUCAAAGUUCAGGAGUAAUGAAUAAAUCACAACAUCAACAUAGCCAGCCCCAUUUGGAGGAGGGUCUAAAUAUAACAGAGCUGUAGGAAGAAUCAAUAGAAUCGUUUCACUUAUGGAGUUAUAUGCUUCAUGUCACUUGAGCCAGUUAUACUUUUUGUACAGAUUGCUUGGGAUCAGAUUUACAGUCACAGGUAAAUAGAAAAUGUUCAGAAAUAUUGUACCUCUAGGCACACGAGUCCUCAUCCCAGGAUCUAAUAAGGAAAUCAUAUCCAA